AUGGGACAGCGAGAACUCCCACCGGUCCAUGUUCCGCUAUCGAGUCGUAAACCGGCACAACAUGACCCAUUGAGCACCCAGGAACAGACCCGAAUGGCAGACCGGCGAGCCUCGAAAGCUCAAAGAUUCUUCGGAACCGACAUAUCACUUCCUACAGAACAUGGCGGGUGGCAGGAGUCUCCAAAUGUACCCCGACCGAGCUUUGUGAAGCCAACCGAUAGUGUUCCUAGGCAGACCACCGGCUUCGUUCCGUUCCCGCGCUCUUCAGAAAAUCAUCUGAUGCCCGAUCAAAACCUUCGCGUACGGGCCUCAUCACCUCUGCUCAGUCAAGACUACCAAUCGCAGGACGCCGCGCCGCCGCUUCCCAAGUUGUCUCCCAAGUCGUCGAAAAAGGUUCACCAUACUGGUUCCUCGUCCACCCUGUUCUCCUAUUUCAGCUCGAAAGAAUCGUCCAAAACACCCAAGAACCAAGGGCUCCAGCCCAAAGCACUACACGGACUCAGCGUUGAGCCAGAGGUGACAUACGUGCAGGAUCAAGAUCCACCGAAGGAAUCCAAGCGAAAGACGCGAUCUUCAAAAAUUGAUCUUUCCGUCUUGUUCCCGAAGCCGCGAAAUCCUGCACCACCAACACUUCUAUCCCCCCACCGAAUGGUCAACUCCCCUUCCCCAGUCUCUACAGUUGUCCCGGAUCCUUCUUUCAACAAGAUUGAAAGGAUGACCGGCGGCACGAGCAAUUCUGCUAGCAGAUACGUUGAUCCACAUCCCCCUCCUCUCCGAUCUUCAAUCACCAAAAAUGACCCAUCUAAGCAUGGGGGUGAGAAUUCAGAUUUACCUUCAAUUGCAGAGAGCAAAAACGGCGAGUGGUCGGAACAAUCACUGGAGCGGACAUUUGGGACGAGUGAGGUUGAUUUGGCCCUGGAUCGAUAUGCGGCGCGACGAUCACUUUUGAGUCACGAACAAUUGCAGCAAGAGAACGAAGGCCCCCAGGAACCUCGGAAAAGCUCGAGACGUGCUCACAGUCCCUCUCGACAUAAGGAGACUCACUUGAGUCCUGUCUCAGGUCUAGACCCAAACCUUAGUCGUGGCUUAAGCACUCCCCAGGAGUCUUGGAAGACCAAUGAGUCAAAAUUUAAAAGUGAUAGGAGCUCGUUGACCAAGAAGAGCAGCAAAAAUACCUUGAAAAACAAGGACCUGCGAAACACUAGUAUGCUUUGCCUCUCCUCUUCUUCAGAGGAUGAGGAUGACGAUGACCUUACUCCAACAUCCGAGUCAAUGCGCAAUACGAACAAGUUUAAAAGAGGCAGUGUGGCUACUUAUGACGAAGACGAGCCUCACGUCUACACGUCUUCCACCGCCCAUGCUGCCACGGCGGUAAGACGCUUUGACCGGGCACUCUCGACUAGCACACGUGGCUCCCGUCAAACUGAAAAUAGCCUGCCAGUGCCUGUAGCUCGCCCACGAAAGGCCUCUCAAUCCUCGAAUGGGAAAUCUUCUCAGAAAACUGGACGUACAACGCAAACUCGCCGUUCCAGCGGAGUUCCUAGUAUCCCGGAUGAAAUUCUGGCGCAAUUCCCGCAGCAACCUCUCCGCACCCCCGCAGAGUUGAAAGAGUUGAACCGGAGGAGUCGUGUGAUCGCUGUGACCCGCCAAGAGCAAGAUCUCCUAGAGGCAAUGCGUAUUCGGAAGGGCAAAGUCACACCCAGUCUGCUCAAUGCUGUUGGAGCGGAUAGAAGAUCACUCGCCUCUGGCCCAUCGCUAGAUUCCUUCUGCGAAUCCGACACCUCAUUCCUGCGUCUCAGCAAUGCAUUCCCGCCAUUUGACGUCUCGUCAGAAAAGGGUGUUACCCAAUACAAAGAUGGAACGCCCUCCCCAAGCUCGGGUUCGGAUAAUGAAAGGAAACCCCGCACUAAAGUUUCCUCUUCUGGUUUCAGUGCGGACUACUCUGAGAGCCUGCCCUCCCCUUCCACCAGCGGUAUUUCGCCCAUGACACCCACUUUACCGAUUCAUCGUUUCUCGCCGCUUCCCUCUCCGAAGCCACCCCCAAGAGGCCCCCCGCCUGCUAUCCCCGAAAAUCGGAAGCAACACACCCGCCGUCGCACCGACAGUAGCGAGGCUAUCCUGCUGGAUGAUGGUGAUGAGUUGAAGCGUAACAAUGGACUUCCUCUCUGGUCUUUUGAUUUUGAUUGGAACCGGGAAAGCGCCAAUAUCGCCUCUGUGCACUGA